UUGAACUGAGCUCUACGGGCCCAUGAUAUAUGAGCAGCAGCAUUUGUUGGACAUGUCUGGCGAAGAAACUCACUGAGGAGAGGAGAAGUGCUCUUCUUCAGCUUAAGCCCUUAGUUAUCACAUUUGUAUUGUGUUAUGAGGAGGUUUAGGUUUUUGGAAGCAUUGGAGCGAAGAAUUGUACGAAUUGCGUGUAUUUAAGUUGGGUGAGAAAUCGGUAGUCGCCGCCUCACUGGCUUGAAGAUUUAAUGGAGUGCAACAGAGAUGAAGCAAUUCGAGCCAAGGAUAUCGCGGAGAAGAAGUUUGCAAUUCAGGACUUUCCUGGUGCCAAAAAGUUUUUUCUCAAAGCUCAGCAGUUGUAUCCUGCUCUCGAAGGUGUACCCCAAUGGUUAGCCGUCUUAGAUGUUCAUAUCAUGGCUCAGAUGAAAGCCGGGAGCAAUAGCAAUGAGACCGAUUGGUAUGGCAUUCUUCAGGUGGAGCCAAUGUCGGAUGACAACACAAUCAAGAAGCAGUACCGAAAGCUCGCUCUACUGCUUCAUCCUGACAAGAACAAAUCAAUGGGAGCCGAGGCUGCGUUCAAAAUGAUCGGAGAGGCUUUUGGAGUUUUGUCCGACAGGGGGAAGAGGGGUUUGUAUGACUUGAAGCGGAGUGGGGAGUCUAAUGUUUCACAUGUGAAGGAGCCAUCGAAGGCUUCGUAUCCCGCUUACCAUGCAAAGUAUCAACCAACUGCACAGGCAACACCUGGUCCUGGCGCUCAAGCUCCGCACCCUUCUCUCACCUUUUGGACAUCAUGUCCUCUAUGUCGAAUGCAAUACCAACAUUUGCGCACUUACUUGAACUAUCAACUUCUUUGUCAGACAUGCCACAAACCAUUUCUUGCGAAGGACAUCAAUGCAGCGCCUGUAAAUGGGGCCUCUCCGUUCGCCGGUUGGACACGUUCUUCUUUCGACAAUAGCGGUCCUAUCCCAGCCAGCUCAGUUCCUCCAGGUCCCAAAAGAGCCGAGCCGUUCAAUUUUCAGAACCCCGGCCACACCCAUUUCAGAACUCCUGCAACACCAGGUGGCAUGGCUGAAAAUGGACAUGCGCACAUCCCUGGGGAUGUUGACCCAGCCAGGAGUGGAAACAUAGGACCAGGUGUUGCCGGAGUUCCAUCAAAAGCAUCGGCUGCUGCAAGCCUGGUGCAGGAAGCAUAUGGAAAGGCCCAGAAAGAUAGAGUGGAUGCAGAGAGCGAGUUGAAAAGGAAAGAGAGAGAGAAAGACAAACAGUUGCGGCAACAAGAAAAGGAUGCUUUAAAGAAGGCGCGCGAGGAUGCCAAGGCAAAGGAGGCUUUCGAGCGCUUGAUGAAUAAGCGGAGGGAAGCAAUCGACCAAGAAGCCAAACAGCAUGCUGCUCGGAGAGAUACAUCUAGGAAACGACUGAACAAGCGCAAGAGAGAGCAAGAUGACGAGGAUGCGAGCCCUACAACGAAGGUAAAUCCAACAAGGAGAUCUUCACGAUCUAAAAGGAGAGUGGCUUAUGGACUUAAUGGACGUGAUGACGACAAUUUUGAUGAUGCUUCAGAAGAAAAGAAGCUCAGAAUAUCUGCUAAUGGUGUCGACGCUGGCUUUGGUAUCAGUGUAGAGAAGGGCAAGUUCACGACGAACUCUGAUGACGAGGACAUUGGAAUUGUAAGAAUUCAUGUCAGUGGUUGUGUGAAGGAACGGAGUAGCGGGUCUGUAUUUGUUAACGACACUAGAUCGAAGGAUUCCUUGCAACAACGUUUGGCUGAAAGGUUCAGAAGAGACCUUACAGUUAAAUUAGGCAAAGCUCCUAAUUUGCCGAAUGUUGUGGACAGGUUGAAGCUUAAACAUCAGGAGGCCCAUCAUCUUGCUCAUUCGUUCGAUAUACCUGACAAGGAUGCUCCAGCCGUUCCUGGUUCUGAAGAGUGUGUCAUUAGUGUUCCCGAUCCUGAUUUCCACGCUUUUGAUGCAGACCGUACAGAAGCUCAUGUGAAGAAGAACCAGGUGUGGGCCGUCUUUGAUGAAACAGAUGGGAUGCCUCGGUUUAAUUGUCAAGUGACUAAAGUUCGUCGAACUCCAUUUACGGUGUAUGGUUCAUGGCUGGAGCCGAUUCAUCCUCUGAAAGGCACCUUUCGCUGGUUAGAUGAUCGUGAUCUUUCAAUCUGCACGGGUGAGUUUCAGCCUGGUGAUGUCGCCAAAUUUGACCAGAUAAACAUGUUCUCACACUUGAUGCCGACCAGAGCGUGCAAGAAUCUUUAUGAAGUCUAUCCGAAGAGGUCUGAAGUGUGGGCUAUUUACAGAGAUUGCGAUAAGGAUGUGCCAAAGUCUAACGCAGAUGGAAGCGUUAUAUUCCGGUGCAAAUUUGUAGAAAAUAAAAGCGACUUUUCAGCAGUGACUGGGGAGGUGGUGUGGUGGCGCUUAAGAAGCUCCAAGGAUACAAAACCCUCUGGGUAUCUGAGGGAGAUGUUUACCCGCUUUCAAUAAGAAACUGGCACACAUUUUCCCAUCGUGUACCCGCAGUGCGUAUAAAAGAAGGUGACAUGCCAGGGGUACCUGCAGAUUGUCUGGAGCUAGACCCAGCAUCAACCCCAACUGAUGCCUUGUAAACACCAUAGUUUGAAGGCAUAAAAGGCUAAUGGGAUGUGUGUCUGGCUACUGCAUGCACAUUGACGGUGAAACCUGGUCUUUUUCCGUCGAGGGAUGGACGUCUGACUUGUUUGGGAUGGUCACUCAUGGACUUAAUCCAUGUUCCUUCAGCAUUUGUCCUCCUUGGCAAGAAGUAGCUGGUCAGACAGCGGCAGAUUACCCCCACAUACGAGUCUCCUUAUUCAGGUUUUUUAACCAUCUGAGAGCCACCUCCUACGCAUUUACGCCAUGAAUUAGUCCAAAUUCAUGGCUUCCGUAGAAAAUUGUUUGCAGAGGUAGGAUAGCUAGUUCGAAGCCACGUCUCGAAAGUCUCAUGGCAAAUUCGGGCAGUUUUAUUGUGUAGAAUAUUAGGCAUGUACAAACCCAGAUUCCGGUAUUUCAAUUUUGCUACUUGACCUUUCAA